GCUGGGAUGUAUUCCACUCUCCAAUCAAAAGAAUAUAUGUGAAACACAUAAGAGAAGGCGUAUGUGUAUCUCCAAUAAGCAUGUUACUUAACACAAAGUGUCAUUCAUAAAACAUGAAGAUUAGCUACUGUCUUUAUGAGUUGAACAUUUCUUGACUGAAGUAUUGAGACAACUGUUUCGUUUUGUUUGAAACCUCUGAGAUGUUUAGUCUUUUUUGUAUGCAGAGUGGAAAGUAUUUUGCUGAAUGGAACUGGCCGCCAUGUUGUUAUGUCAUCUGGACGUGUAUCCACUUUAACCAUAUUUGGAAAUUUCCUAUACUGGGUCGAGGAGUUAGGAGCAAAAGCAAGCGUAAAGCGAGCUGACAAAGUUAUCGGUGCAAAUACUCAGUUGUUAGCAGUUGGAUAUCAAGCAUCGGCUCUUCAAGUCUUUGCCAAGGAACGCCAGAACUGUAAGUUUAACAAAGUAGAAAGUAAGGACGUGUCAUCUUCAUCUUCUUAGUUUCACGGGAGAAUUACUUGCUCAUAUUUUUAAUCGUCAAACCCUCUCCUCCCAUACUUAUAAAAGAUAACGCGUAACUUGUUAAAGACUCUUUGACACUUGCAUGCAUGCAGGUAGUGUCGAAAAAGAAGACGCCGAAAACGAUAACCUAAGGCCUAGGCCAAACGUCGAACUGUUAUGAGAGGAACCAAACUUUGUGAAUUAAGUUCAGGGAAAGUUCGACGUCUGGCUCAGUUAAGUUCGUCUGAAUGAGUUUGGAUCGUCCAACAUCUGAAAAUCGUCUCCGGGCCAAACGUCUAUCUUCACAUGCUACGAACUACUAACUAAUAAAUUAAAAAUUUGUAUUACAAUGAAUAUUUAGCCUCGUUCGGGAGAAAAUUUUUUACUGAUGUGAUUAAGUUGGUUGGUUCGACGCAUCCUAAGUUCGACGUCUGACCCAACAGACGAUCUUAACUUAAUUUAUGGCGACCCAAAUUAGAGUUUGGUUCGUCUCAUGAAAAGCUCGACGCUUGGCCUAGGCCCUAAGUGCUCAGACCCCUAAACGUUUUCGUGUUUUGGGGUAUUUGUUUUCGUGCGAAUGGGUCUCAGGUCUUCGAUCUUCAUUUUGGAGGCCUUCGUUUAUGAUACUACCCAUGCAUGUGCUACCAUUUUAAGGGGGCAUUCUGGUCAUUUUUUUUGGAGAAAAUGAUGUUCAUUUGGAAGGAAAUAAGUGAGGGUAGAAUAGCUAUACUCCCAAACCAGUUAGUCCGCUAAUGGGAUCAGAGGCACCUUGUUGUGGUGGUGGACUAUCUGGUAAUUGUCUACUAAUUAUUCACUUCAUAUUUUAAUAUUUAACGACCCCCAAAUCCAAUAUUUUCGCAUUUUCCCAACAUUUUAAACAUCUCUCCCCCCCAAUUUAACUUUUAUACAUCAAAAACAUUCGAAAAAUCAUGCAAAAUGUCCAAAUAUUAUUGGAUUAAGGACACUAACUUAAUGGAGUCAUUUUUUGAUUGAAAAGAAGGAUGGAAAUCAACGAAAAAUAAUGCUUUUAACCGGACUGCCCCCUUAAAUCACGCGUAAAAACAUUUUAAAGAAGCUGAAGAACUUACUUAAGAACUAAGAACGCUUAAGCUUAAAAAUUCGCUCCAAACGUCAAGUCGUUCCUAUAUUUUUUUAUCGUGUUCUUGUCUGUCCAUAUCAUUUAAACGAUGGACUGCUUUUUCUUAGAUGUCUCUUCGAAAGGUCACGUGGUAUGAUUGAGAAUGCUCAUUGGGGGUCGGUUGUUUCAACGAAGCUUCAUGCAUUCUGAGGUUUUAUAAGUUUGUUCGACCCUGAUAUCUGCCCAUUGUUUUCUGUGAGCAGUAAAGCAUAUAUUUAAGUAUAGAGAACAUUUACCCACUCGAAUUAAGCUGCCUAUAUAAACACAUCUGGUAGUGUACUGUUUGCUUUAGACCACUUGGCAAGUUAGAAUUGUGGAAAUAACCUGUAAGACCCAUAGUAACCGUGUUAAUCUCUUUGAAAUUGAGCCGGCGCUCAUUCGAACCUCUUCUUGCGUAUACCUUCAUAACACGGACACCGCUCCGGACCUUCUCUUCAUCCCAGAAUACCAGCCUUUGAAGUACCUAUAAUACAGACUUUUCUUUAAUACAAUCACUCCUCUAAUACGGACAAUCAUUUUUCUCUCCUUGGUGUCCUUUUGAAGGAUGUUUAACUUUUAUUGAAUCGAUCCACCUCACGGCAUUUUCUCCCCAGGCACUGUAAGUCCUUGUUUAAACGGUGGAGGCUGCUCUCAUUUCUGCGACGUUCAUGCGCAGAAGAGAGUGUGUACUUGUCCGUCAGGUCUGGUCCUGAAGGAUGGAUUCCUGUGUGUUAAUAAAUCAGCGGUAUGUCAAAGGCGGCAGUUUGCGUGCUUAAAUGGCAAUUGUGUGUUGGACAUGCAAGUGUGUGAUAAAGAGAAUGAUUGUGGCGACAACUCUGAUGAGUCAUCUGCACUUUGUGGUAAGUUGAGUUAUCAGCUGUGUUGGAUGAUUCUAUAGAAAGAAGUCGAGCCAAACAAUCACCACAGGGAAUUAACUUUAUUGGUUGAAGCUUAACAUGAGGGCGGGAAUAAUGAAUUUCUUCCAAAGCCAUAGAGGAAGGCAAGAUUUUGAGAGUUUUUGGGUUUUUAGUCGACGCUUUCCCCUAGACAUUAAUCUUUUGCUGACUCUCCUCCCCGCUACUUUUUCUCCUCGCUUUUUAUAUGAUUUUUUCUGGGCGUUCGCUAGGCUUGAUUUCGGUGGUGACGUUUCCUGCAAACCCCUGAGGAUCGUGAAAUCAUUUUGAAGAAAAUGGAGAUGGGUAGUAGAGCGAGGAAUUUCAUUGAAGUUUUCUUGUAAACUGUACAUUUGGGUGGGGGGUGGUUGGCGUUUUUCUCUACUGGCUUGUGGCUUGUUUGAGAGCGGAAUGACGCUCAUUUGGGUCUGGUCCCCCUUGAGCAAGUUAGGUAAAAGCGUUCUCAGUGACAAAGUGGACCAAUCCGAUUACAGGAGAAUAACAGUACAUUCCAUGAAAGUUGAUUGUCGAUCAUAAUAACCACGAAACGAAAUAAACAAAUGGAUUGAAAAUGUUAGCAAAGAAAUUGCUAGCAAUUGACAAAAUACAAGCUUUUGUCAAGCAAAUAUGUCUCCUGGGCGUUAUAUGUAAAGUUUUUGAUAGAAAAAUUUUGUCUAAUGAAAAAUUUUGCUUCCUUUGAGACCUCUGCUAUCAAUAUCUAAAUUUUCUGCUUCGAGCCAUUAUUAACAAAGACCUUCAAGUUUUUUCAAAAAUGUGUGCUCCUGAUCAGUGGACAGAAAUUAAGGGAAAAAGAGUAAUUCGCCGUUCGCAGUCCAGUACUAGUCAAACAUUUUCUGAUCUGUUCACGCAUAUUCAAUUAAGCAGUGGGAAAUUUACUUUUCUGGCAUCUAACGCCCGAUUUUAUAUUUUUUUUUUCGUCCGAGCUGCUGAUUGGCCCACAACCAGCUUUCUUGGAAUUUAUUGUUAUUCUCCUGUAUUCCGAUUGGUCAACUUUGUCUAGGUGAGCCCGAUUACAAUAGUCGCACUGUAUCUUUUUUAUGAUUUCUUUUUCUGAUUUGCAGCACAAAGGCAAUGCCGAAGAAAUAAGUUUAGGUGCACAAGUGGUCAAUGUAUUCGUUCAAGCUGGAAAUGUGACUUUGAACGUGACUGUACUGAUGGCAGCGACGAACAAGGCUGUCCCCAGAAGGUAAAAUAACCGAUAUUUAAUGUAAAAUAUAAACUGAUGUACAGGGUAUUGCCUUUGCUUUAUAAAUGACUAGAUCGUCGCUCAGCUCGGGUGAUUGUUUUUCAUGGCAAUUAGGAAGCAAAGUGUAAAGCGUGGCACACAUUAACCAGUUUCUCAUUUUCGUCAUAGACAUGUGCGACACAUAGAUUCACUUGCGCUAAUGGCCACUGUAUCGACAUCGAGUGGAAAUGUGACGGCGAUAAUGACUGUGGGGAUUUUUCUGAUGAAAACGACUGCCCCUCUGUGACAUGCCCUCCAGGGAAAGCAAAGUGCGGAGACAGUAACAAGUGUAUUAACUCCGAGUGGCUGUGUGAUGGAGAUUAUGAUUGUUCUAACAAGUGGGAUGAAAGUGAAGCUGUGUGCAAUAGAACCUGCAGCCCUGGUAGCUUUCGUUGUGCUUCAGGGUAUUGUAUCUCCAUGCACUGGCGCUGCGAUGGUAAAGAUGACUGUGGAGACAGCAGUGAUGAACAUCUCUGUGCAUAUCACAAUCAGACUUGUCUUGGUAACCAGUUCACUUGUCGCAAUAGUAAGUGAUUUUUUUUCUGGACUUGCCACCGUUGCAUGGAAAUAGUCCCUUCUCUAACCACGCGUCCCACCAACAGGCUCCAGUUGUUCAAAUUAAGGUGGAUAACGCUAUCCAUUGGAUAAAUCACUGUCAAAUGGAUAACGCGAUUAUUUUCGCUAAUAGUUAUCCACUGGACAGUGAUUUAUCCAAUGGAUAGCGCCAUCCAACGUCCGAACAGCCGGGCGCAAGUGGCAGGAUGUGCAGUUCCUAUAUUUUUUCCUAUUUUUUGAGCCUAUUCCUGUUUUCUCCAUUUUUAAAACUAAAACCUCCUAUUUUUCCUAUUUUUUAGCUGGUGAGGCCAAAAUUUGUAACAAAAUUGAAAAUGGAAUUAUAGAUGUAUGUGUUCUAGAGUAAGAUUUAUCAUAAAGCAAGUAGUAUUGACUUUUUUAUGUUCUGAUAUUAGCAAAAAUAAUAGUUACAUUUGUUUUUUCCAGACCUCUAUCGCCUAUUGGAGUUCUGUUAACCACUUUGUUAUAUUGUUACUUUUUGUAUAUAAUUUUCCAGUGCACCUACAUGUAUUGUAUGUCGUGUUAUAGUUCUCAUGACUAUUGAAUAAUGUUGUGCAUAGCCCUCUUAAACUGCAUUUCAGUACCUGUACAUGUUAUAUUUUAUUGUGAAGCCUUGCUCGGUGUUAUGUUCAUAUUUGAAACUGAAAACAGGAUCAAGUUGCCCUCUCACAACACAGGUCAGAUAAAUCAUCCAUUCAGGUUCUUGUGUAAAAACCAAUCACUAGCUGGAUUCUGGAUGCUACAUGAAAAGAACAGACUCAAGUUUAGUUUACGGCACUAGCUCUCUUGGUGGGCUGUUGUUAACAGCUAUACGUAAGCAACUGACGAAGGAUCUAUUAUUUUGGUUGCGAAACCGGUUUUGCAGUCAUAGCUAAGCAGGGUGUUACGUUCUUAGAACAUAACCAUGACACACUUACAAUCUGGUACCAAAUAGAUCAGUGUCAUUUUGCGUACACCGCGGAAGGCCUGGUUCCAUACUUAAAACUAUGCUGUCUUUUGACUCAAACAAGCGUGUUCUCAACGAGCUACCUAUUGCAGAUUAAUGGAAGGAAAGCUUUCCAUAGGACUUUUUAAUCCCAGUUCGGUAUCCUUCAAUGACCACGCAAUCGUAAGAAAUUUCUAUCCUAAGAACUUUCACUCUUUGAAGCCUUUCAAAGAUUUGCCGCCAACUUGAAGGGAAUUUGCAUAUUAGGAUCACCUUUGAUUAUAGAACCACGCUCGACCUGUAGUCAAGCAUAUCAUUCUGAUUACAGCAUAACUGAGCCAAUAAACUAAACGUUACUUAUCAUUUUCGCUCCUUCUAACCUUCAAAGUUGAUCUAAAUCCAGCGAACGUAGAAGCUGAGGACUCGAAGCCUUUAUUAUAGCCCUGAUGGGGUGCAGGGAGGCAAUCUUUGUCGACGAAAGUACCAUUGAUUUUCCUUUUCUUCUCCUACUUUCUGAAUCCUGAGUUUCCUAUUUUCCUAUUUUUAUGUCCCGUUGUGAAUUACAUUGUCUGCUUCACGCUAAAUACUUUGUACGUGAAUGUUCAUUGAUUGAUUUGUUUUCAGUUGAAUCAUCCACAAAACGUGUUUAGCAAGAGUCCGAUAGCCUAACAAGCCAGAUGAACUGUUAUUAUUACCCAGGGCAAAUCUAAUAGAAUACUUGCCUCUUGGCUCUUGUGAAUGUCUUUAACUUUUUCAGUUGGUGUUAGCAUCUUACCGGCUUCUAUGCAAUCAUUGGUUCCUUUAUCACUUCAAACGCUUCUUGGUUUCAGACAUGCGGCAUGUCUACUGCACGCCAAAGCUUUCUCUCUCAAGGACCAAGUUAAUUGCUACUUUCCAUGGAUUUAACUUAGCCGUUACCUCCAACCUAGACAAUCUUUUGCCUCGCCUAUCGACGGUUGUCCCUUGGUGAUUGUCGUGCACUCAUUUCAAAGAGACUAAUGUUCAAUUAGCGGCGUUUUGUUGCUCCAGUGUUGCUUGCAUAUAGGCUUUUUUAUUUCCAUGCAAGAAAACUAAAGGCAAAUUUAUCAUUUGGACAACGUGACGUCAGGGACAGCGGCCUGACCAAUGGUUCUAUUCAUCAGUGCCGCAGAUUUCUAAAUAAAUAUAUUUAAAACAGCUUUGAUGUGUUAUUAUUGCAUUCAGGUCGCUGUAUCUCCAGAAAGUUUGUAUGUGAUGGUGAUGAUGACUGCGGAGAUGGGUCUGAUGAAGCGGCAGCUGACUUGCAUUGUAAUGAACGCACAUGUGAUCCUACGGAGUUUAAAUGCCUUAACACUUCAAGAUGCGUCUUGAUGUCUUCUGUAUGUGAUGGUUAUAAUGACUGCGGUGAUGCUUCUGAUGAACACCCAAGAGAGGGCUGUGUAUUAAGAACCUGUAAAUCAAUGCAGUUCAGGUAAGCUGGUGUCACUCUUUUAGCCUAUCCUUUCACUUUGUUUUCUUGACAAAUCUCCAAACAUUUUCUGUUUGGGUUUCUUAUGUCAAGGAAAGACUUCCUGAGGUCAAGUCGUCGUUAAAUAGUACAAAAUUUCUGCCUUGUGUUUUGCUUAUUUGUGCCCUUUUUCUCCCAGAUCUAGCCAAAAAGUAAUAAAUUGGUUCAAUAACUGGUUCAAAUGUUUUUAAUCAAUAAAUAUGGGGGAAACAGAAUUUGGAUUCUGGAUUUGGGGAGAUGUUGAAAUUAUAUAUAAUGUGAACGAAAUAUUUAGUAGUUAAAUACCGCAUUGUCCACUACCAAAACAAGGUGCCUCUGAGCUCACUAUUAGCGGACCAACUUGUUUAUGUGCAUACCUUUUCUGUCCCACUGAAUUUCUCUCAUUCGCGAUGCAUCCACCAGCAGCGUUGCCUUACACCCGGAUAUACACUGUAUAAAUCACUCAAACCUCAAUUCUUUAAUUCUUUGCGGCAAACGUGCUACUCAGAACGUCAGUUCUUGAAUUAUUUUCGGGCAUGUGUAUUAUUUUCGCGAUCAACUCAGUUCUUCAAACCAAUUUUUUUUAUUUGGAUAGCGUCCAUUCUGGUGCUAAAGACUUACUAAACUUAUUUAUUCUUUGCUAGAUGUGCUAAUGGUCUGUGUGUGCAGAAGGCCUGGUUAUGUGACGGCGAAAACGAUUGCGGUGACAGUUCAGAUGAAUCCAGCUGCUUUAACCAUACUUGCAGUGAAAAUCAGUUUACUUGUACAAAUGGUUACUGUGUGCCCAGAAGCUAUGUAUGUGACGCUUUUAGGGACUGCUCAGACGGCUCAGAUGAAGACCCGGUAUUGUGCAGCAGAACCCCGACCCCCUCGUGCCCCCGGGGGUAUUUUAAUUGCGGUAAUGGGAAAUGCCUGAAUUCAACCCUAGUCUGCAAUGGAAACGAAGAUUGCGUCAACGGAACUGAUGAACUGGGUUGUAAAAGGAAUGCCUGUAGUCGACCUGAUCGAAACAAGGUAUUUUUAACAAAAGGGGUUUGUUCGCUUAGUUUUUUCUGCUAUGAUAUGAUGUUACUCGAGUGAGUAUUUUCUGGACAUAUUCAUGUUGGUAUGAAUGCUUUACAUUGUAUCUUUAACAAGACCACGGUUCAAAUAGGCUGAUCUCUUAAGAAUAUCACGUUUUCUACAGUAGCAACGGUCGUUUAAGGCGAAGGAGGUGUAUUUAUUUGAGAUGGACGACUAACAGAGCCGGUCUACUGAAAUGCGAAGCUUUCGAAAGAAAAGUUCCUUAAUGUUUGUUGCGAGACAUUUUUAUUGAUGCAAAUGUAUGCUGUUUUUUUUUUUUUGCAGUGUUCACAGUUGUGCAACAGUACUCGCACCGGUUACACUUGUUCUUGUCGUCAUGGUUUCAAGCUUCUAAGCGACGGAGCGUCGUGUGAGGAUAUUAACGAGUGUGAACAGUACGAGCUUAAUAAGUGUAACCAUUACUGUGUUAACCUCAAAGGUCAUUACAAGUGUACUUGUGCUGAAGGCUACAAACUCCAACCGGGUGACGUACACACUUGUAAACCAAUCAACUCCACCAUACAACCUUUUCUGGCGUUUUUAUUGCGGUACGAGGUUCGUAAACUCGCCAUAGACGGUUCGCGGGAGGGUUCGAUCUUACGAAAAAUUCAAAACUCAGUUGCUAUUGAUUUUGAUUGGUCAGAACAGCGUUUGUAUUGGACUGAAGGCCUAAGGCCUUCGCGUGUUAUGCGUGCAUUUUUAAACGGUACUGGCGUGGAGGUUGUCCGGGAAGCUGGUUUGUCCAUUGUGGAAGGUUUAGCUGUGGACUGGGUUGGACGAAAUCUAUACCUUGCGGACAGAAUUCAAGACAAGAUCUUUGUUUCGACGCUUGAUGGACGUUACAUGAAGUCAUUGAUAUCUGAUGGCCUACAGGAGCCCAGAGCAGUGAUAGUUGAUCCAAGUGAUGGUAAGUAUCUCAAAAACAUGAAAAUUACUGAAGCAUGAAAAGCAACGACAACUUUAUUCGUACCCAGUGAUUUUUACCAUUGAUUACCAUUGUCAAUCUCAGGCGUAAAUCUGUGGAUGAAAUUCUAUGGUGUAAUCAUUCAAAUAAAACUUCUUUGGUAGAUUGUUUGCAUAGGACUAGUUAUUUCUUAGGAUUUUACCAUCAGAAAUAUUCCAUUUCCGAGUUUCUCCUAGCCUCUGUUUCAAAGCGAGGCUAAGUGCGAAGCGGAAGGUUUCUGCACUUUGCCUUGUUUUGGAGGUGAGUUUUUUGAACUCGGAAAUGGCCUAUUUGAAUUUUGUUGUCAAUUUUUUCAUUGGCUACUGUCGGGUGUGAAAGGGUUGACAUUAACAUCAGCACAUUUGCCUUUUCCAAGUAAUACGUUUCGUGGCAUUUGGCAAUAUCAGAUAGGGACUGAAUAGCAUGCAUGAGACUGAAAAACCUGACGCCGACGCCGACGGUGGGCACAUAUUACCCCCCUCUCCCUCUCCAUCAGUGCUCCGAGGUACGGGUAUUUAGAGUUAACUACGCGGAAAGGAAAAAAGGCGAAACAAGGAUGGUGGGUCACACUUGGGAAUCAAACUCGAAACCUCCCACACAGAAGGCUGCGCACUAACCGACUGAGCUAAUCCGCGCUCCUAAAGGUUAAUUUUUCUUUCAGGUUUCUUUUAUUACAGUGACUGGGGCAGUAGACCUCACAUUGGAAAGUGUGGUUUAGAUGGCUCGGGCAGACACUGGUUUAUAACAAGCAAGUCCGUAGGCUGGCCUAACGGAUUGACCCUCUGUCAAAUUACCAAACGGUUAUUCUGGGUGGAUGCCAAGCUCGAUACCAUUGAAUCAUGUGAUCGGGAUGGACAGAACCGUAUCCAGCUGACAAAGUUGUACGCACCACAUCCGUUUUCUAUCAGCGUAUUUGAAGACUUUGUUUACUGGACAGACUGGUUGACCAUGGCUAUCCACCGCGCGCAUAGACUCACAGGAUUGCAACAUUCUGUGUUGCUGAAUUCGUCGCAUAGACUCAUGGGCUUGCAGGUAAUUUAAAGCCGAAAGGUGCCCACUGUAAAAUUCCGUGGGCCAUUUGACCCCUGUCAAGCUGAAACUCGAGUUAUUUAGGUCGAACGUGCCUGAAUAUUACUUGCACUGGCAAAGGAAAUAUGAGAAGGAAGAGCAAAGAAGGUGAAGGAGAAGAGAAAAAAAGUAUUGUUUACAGUCUAAGUUGUUAUAACGGCUACUCUGGAGAUAGUUGUGGAACAAUAAAUAUGGAUGUUUAGCGCAGUAACCUUUUCAAAGUUCUGGCUAGUUUUUUUUCCUAGAAUAAGCUGGUUCUUGACAAAAUGUCGAUUUCAAUCCCAAUAUGGCCCAUUUGCACAUUGGUAGAAUUCUUUGGGAACACCUAGCUAUAACUAGACUUUCGUGGACCAAGCCCUUUACAAAUUGGCUGGGAGCUGUUUAAAACUUUAAGGUACUGCUACAAAACUUGCAUGCCUACCAUCCCACCGCAUUAAUACCAAUUACAACGACUUGAAAAGAAGUUUCUUUUAUAAGGAUAAACUGAAGUAGCGGAGACUAGGCCCUUUGAAAACAGUAAUCACCAAGAGACCACUUUUCUUCCCCAAAUCGCAAUCUCCACUAUUUUUAUUUUCAUCUAGUAUCUUGCCAUUACUGCUAUUCCUUCUUUGUGGUUAAUGCAGAUCACGAACAGGGUUACUGCUGUUUACCAAGAAACAAUUUACUUUUAUGAUUAGAAGUUGUUACAUGUACUUCUUGAUUAACUAUUUCUUUUUUGUUUAAGGUAGUACAUCCAUUCCGUCAGCCUCCCCUCCCUUCGCCUUGUGCCAACUCCUCCUGCUCUAAGCUAUGUUUGCUGAAGCCGCAAGGGGGGUACCGCUGCGCUUGUCCAGACAACUAUCAUCUGGCAAAUGACGGUAAAACCUGCCUGGACAACUGUACUAACAGCGAAUUCCUUUGUGCAAAUAAUCUUUGCAUUCCUCGCGUGUGGCGCUGUGAUGGCGAUAAUGAUUGUGGAGAUGGCUCUGAUGAACCCUCUUCUUGUUCACCAAGACAUUGCCAACCGGGUAAGUAUUGAACCGUCAAUUGGCUAACAAAGCUAAAACGUAUUUCGCGUCUAUUGAAUUCCACAAAAUGUGGUCCAGUUUUGUUAUUUAAGACUAUAUUUAAGCAUUGACGUUAUCGCCCAGUUAAUUAGCGCCGUGAUAUAAAACACGGUUAUCACGCAUAGUAAAAUUUUAAAAACUCCAAACUGUUAUUUCGUCGAGAACUCGUCUCAUUUAAAUAUAAUCUAACAUCUGUCAACAGAAGAACUUCAUGCGAUCUUUAACUUAAGAGCUUUUGUGUCCAGGGUGUGAUCGGCGUACAAAAUAAACAACCGAUAUCUAACAUAGUUUUUGUAUUAUUUCAUAUCACACUUUCAGGAAUGUUUCAGUGUGAUAACACGACGUGCGUGUCAAUCAUACAAGUCUGCAACGGUCACAAGGAUUGCGCCAACGGUGCUGACGAAACGUUAUGCGCAUCACGACAGUGCGCUCCUUUUCAGUUCAGGUGCGCAAACAAGAGAUGCGUGUUUCUAUCACAAGUGUGUGAUGGAAAGAACGACUGUGCUGACAACUCAGAUGAACUUCACUGCAAGCCCGCUACAUGUUCUAGAGAUCAACACACGUGUCCAAACGGUCGCUGUAUAUCACGCCAGUGGCUGUGUGACGGAGGUAACGAUUGCGGAGAUGAAAGCGAUGAGUCACCUAGUGUAUGUCACAGUCAAACCUGUGACCCUGUCACGCGUUUUCAGUGUAACGCGUCACGCAAGUGCAUUCCUAAGCGUUGGACCUGCGACGGAGAUGGUGAUUGUGAUGAUAGGUCAGACGAGGAUCCUGAGGUUUGCAAAGGUUCGUAAUUUCUUUUUUCAAGUAACUGGCCAUUAGGAGCAUUAAUAAGCGAACCACUGUUCAGGAUGUCAUCAUUUGGAUACAAGGGGUUCCAAUGCUAUUAGACGGGAGCUUGAUGUAUUAUUGACUGGACCCAUUACUCCAUGUUAGUUUUUGUUUUAAUAUCAGUUUGGACUUGGUAUUCUGUACCGCCUGCAGUCAAAUCAUCGUUUUUGAUCCAGGUGCAGGUAUAGAUACUUUCGAGCCGUUGCCAGUUAAGAGCUAACGUAUUCUUGCGAUUCGUACGUUAGCAUUAUACUGAGAUGGGGAGCACUGUCACUUGCUGUACACAACGUUACCUAGUAGACAAGCGGAUCGGGGUUUAUUUAGAACGCUUAAAGCCUCAUCUUUUGAGCUAGGUCAUCGAAGAUGAUAAUCAUGAUCAUUAAUCAUUAACAACUUGAAUUCUCAACUUAUGUAGCAGGCGCAAGAAAAAAUCCCCCCUUGCGCGCCCCAUAUUUUCUUGGGCUUGCCUGGCAGGCUUAACAGUUCGUAGAAAAUAGGCAAAUUGAAGAUUUUUGUUGGUUUGUAGAACACCAGUGCGGUUCUGGCAUGUUUCAAUGUCAGAAUAAACGCUGCAUCCCACAAGACUGGAGAUGUGACUCUGAAGAUAAUUGUAAUGAUGGCUCAGAUGAAGCAGAUUGCUUGACUCUUAAUUGCACCAGUACAGAAUUCAGGUGACAUGAGGAGCUACUGUAAUAACUUCUUUCAGUUGUAUCUCUUGUCGCAUACAUGUAAUCCAACCCUCCAAAAAUCGGAUCAUUUUACGUUUCUGUGAAACUGCCCACCUACCCCUCCCCUAAAUCAACAGUAACACUUAGUUCUUACUUAGGGCAAAAUGCAGGUUUGCUUAGGGGAGGGGUAGGUGGGCAGUUUUACAGAAACGUAAAAUGAUCCCCAAAAUCCACAUUACAAUAGUUUUCCUAUCACUCCUUCUCGGACUCAUUAAUAAUUCAUAAAGAGAAAACAGAGGACUACGAUAACUUUGAUUUCUUCAGUCGCUUGGUCGCUUAUGUCAGUUAUCAUUGAUUGCAUUUUAAAUGAAAUGCCUUAUUUUGUGUCUGGUAUAUUACUGUCCUUAAGAUUUUGAAAUUUAAAGCCAGUUUGAGGUUAUGCCACCAGUUUCUGACCGAGACAUUAAAAGACGUCCGGGAUGAGAUUAGUACGGAGUAGUUCUCUCUAGUUAUUAUGUAGAGCACAUAAGAUUCAUUUGAAAACUCGUAUUCGUACUCACUCUUGGUGGUCCCUAUUAACUAGUUUGUUAAGUGAACAGCCUUACGCCGAUACAAAACAGCCAUGGGUACGGUGCUGGUUAAUACCAAGAUUAAGAGCGCGGCCUGGAACAUACAAGCAUACAGAAGAGAAGUUAAACUCACAAAGAUCAAUACUUGUAAACAAUGAAAUAAACCAAUUAAAUGGAUGUGUUCGGUUGAAUAAUUGAAUCGCGUUUUUUUUUUGAAAAAGAUCGGAAAUCCAGGCUAUUUUUGACCAUAUUAAACCUCUUUCAAAAUUUUAGCCCAUUGUAAAACUUGUAGCCAAUAACGAAUUUAAUGGCGGUGGUCAAAAUCUUUUUAAGUGACUAAUCGACUUAAUUGUAUCAAGGUUCUAUACAAAGCGAAAUUUGUGAGUUUUCUUGAAUUUUGACCUCUGUCACUCUUAUCUUUCAGGUGUGGAAGUGGUCGUUGUAUCAGCAGUGAUUGGGUUUGUGAUGGAAACAAUGACUGUGGUGAUUUAACUGACGAGCAGGACUGUGAUAAGUUAACUUGUAGAUUAGAACAGUUCCGCUGUACUAACGGUGACUGUAUCCCGAAAGAAUGGAAUUGUGAUGGAAAUAUAGAUUGUCAAGAUGCUUCAGAUGAACAAGGUUGGCUGUAUUGUUUCGAUUCACUUUUACCAUUUUCUGACACCCAAGUAAUCUUUUGUGGUGCCACUUUGGAGACUUCAAACUGAAAAUUUAAACUUCCCUCUUUUUGUUGUCCGCGUAGUCUUCUACGUUUUACCUACUCGUUUACGAUCAGAUUGUGGAUAAGUUAGUCUGUGUACAGACGUCCCCCCUCCCUCAGAUUCUUCUCCUGAGUUUUUCUGAAGGAGAGGGGACGUCUGUACACAGGCUAUGAACAAGUCAGACCGUGAGAAAAUGAUGAAUUGAAAUUUUCAUGGUGGAUUGUACUUAAACGUUUAUAGACUCGUCUUGAUACUUUUAAAUUCCACUUGAUAGCGAGGUUGAAGCUGAACUUUAAAAUAUCGAAAGAAGCUGAUUGAAUUGUAGCUCAUACUUCAGUCAUUCAAUGGGUAUUACUUGUUGUCAAAUUCUAUUAUUUGUGUUCCUUCAGGUUGUCCUACUAGGUCACCUUAUCGGCGUUAUUGUCCUCCAAAGACCUUUCCCUGUAACAACACAAUGUGUGUCCAUAAGGCCUGGGUAUGUGAUGGAGAGGAUGACUGUGGAGAUGGAAGUGACGAAGCAGCAAAACUCUGUGGUGAGUAUCGUUUUACAAAAAAAGACCAAGUUGUAAAUAAAAUAGUCAGUGUUGAUCAGUAGAGUACUUUUUCGUUACUAUCUUAUGGAAGGUUAGCAAUGUACAUGGUCCGUUUGACGAACCUACAUAGUUUGCUUGGCAAGGUACAUACUUGGGAAAUUCAAAAAUACUGCUGAUCUUAGUGGUCACUGUGUUGGACAGAUACGUGCCUAUCAAUGACUUUCUUCUCUACGAAACUGAUUAGACCUCCUGUUUGGUCUCGGAGCCUAGCCAAGGUCUUUAGGACAACUAUACUUUAUAGAAAAUCGUCUUCGUGGCGAGUUUAGACCGUUAGCGCAAUGCAAAGCCACCAACUGCUCGAGACACAGUGAUUUGUAUAAAGUUGUCGGUAUUCCACUCAAGCCUUGGUAUACGGGCUGAGAGGUUUAAAUGCGUAUGUAAGGAAGAAAUAACCUUUAUAGUCACAGGAAAAAAAGAAAGGAAAAAAAAUUACGUUUUGCUGCUGCACAUAAGCUGCCUUCUGUAAAGAAUGGUUAGAUCAUAAUUUUCAGUUACUCAGACUUACCUCUGUGUAUAGGGGCCCACAGUUGUCUUCACACGCAAUUUCGUUGUUCAAACAAUGUUUGCAUUCCCAAGUGGCACCAAUGUGAUGGCGUAGAUGACUGCGGUGAUGGCUCAGAUGAAUUGACCUGCACAGUAGUUACUACUGGUUGCAACUCCACUCAGUUCAAAUGCAUUAACAGGAAGUGCAUCUCAAACGCUUUUGUUUGUGACAGUAAAGAUGACUGCGGCGAUGCAUCAGAUGAAAAAUCCUGUGGUAAGUAUGGUGUGUAUAAACUAACUCUAAUUGUGGUUGUCAAUGAAGCUUUAGGGUUCAUAUAGUUCAAAGCGGAGCUCUCACACAGGGUAGACCGUGUGAGUUUAUAUUUCGAAUAGUUCCUUGAUCCUUGAUCCUUCGAUCACUGGUAUUCUACCAGUGAUCGAAGCCAGUAUAUUUUUUUAAAUUUGUAUUUGACUCGAGGCGUCUAUUGGAAUAGAUUCAGUUGGGGAUUUACUACUCAUAUUUGCAUCAUGUGGUGCGGUUUGGGGGAUUACAGAUCUCGUCGGAUAUGUUUAUUCAGUUGAAGGUUAGAUCAGACUCUUACAAGCAAACCAGAUUCGGAUUGAUUGUGGCUUGUAUGUAUAAUCUAUUCACACAUUCUCCUUUGAAUCACCUUUGUAUUUUUUGAUUGGUUAGCUCUCUCGGUUUCUUUUGCACAAACAAAACACACGUGUUUGAUGUCAAGGAUGGUGAUUUUAAGUAGACCUGCAUCGUGGCCAUAGUAGAGUGAACGUCCAUCUCAAAACUUUCUGCUUUUUUGUUGGUUUGUUUUUUCUCCAAGCUGCAAGAAACACGUCCUGCAGUGUUAAUAACGGCGGAUGUGAGCAGAACUGUACCAUAAUAGACGGAACGGUAUUAUGUACCUGCUGGCAUGGUUUUCAAAUGGCCACGGACACACGGAAAUGUAUGGACAUAGAUGAGUGUAAGAUAUUUGGUUCAUGCAGUCAGGGUUGUGUUAACACGCGUGGUAGCUACAAGUGUGAGUGUAACCAGGGUUACCUUAAAGCUGGUGUAGACGGGAAACACUGCAAGGCUAAAGGUGGGUUGAUUUCGUCACUAAUAUAGAACACGAUCUUCACUUCAUUGUUUCUCUUUAUAUUAUAGAACAGGUUUCUCAUUAACAAUACUUAUGUUACCAUUUUGUGAUAUACAGGUUAUUAAGGUAAAGUACAAAACUUCAACUUAAAUUUUGUUGCUUAGCUUUGUAAUUCGUAUUAAAAGAGAUUUCUUAAGACAUAAACGAUAAAAACGAACGAUAAAAUCCGACGUUUCGGAGUAUUGAUGACUCCAUUAUCAAGGAAAAAUGUUUUUGAUCGUGCAAAUUACAGCAUUCAAAGCGAUGUGGCGCAAAAAUUAACAUAACAGGGUGCGAAGAUUAUGAAAAUACUUUGGCACGAAUAGAGUCUGAUUGUACGUUUAGAUUUGUCUUUAAGGUUCUUAUGAAAAGCAUUUCGUACACUAAACAGUCAAAUUUGUUUCUGCAUUUCUUAAGCACUUCGAAACGUUUCAGCAGGUCCUGAGGGAUCGUCCCUUGCACGUUCUUGUAAUGUUCUGCAAUGGCGGAGGACUGUUGUUUAUGUCCUUUUACACGAUUGUGUAAAUGUGCGCGUGUGUAAUCUACAUAGCCUGCAUCACACAGGUCACAUUAGAAGUUUUAAACUACACACUGUUCAUUUACGAUCGGUGGCAUUCAGUUGUUCAAUUUUUCGGCUGGCAAACACAGGCUGGGUGGUGGUGUUUACUUUUAGGCUCAGAUCCUUGAGUUGUUCGUUCACAAUAUCUGCUGAGAUUUGGUCUUUAAAAGGUAAAACCACUUGAACCGUGUCAUCCGUGUCUUUAGCUGGUGAUAAAGGUCGCUGCUCACAAGUCUUUGAGUCAACGAAACUUUUGAUGGUAGGGUUAACGAGGUUUUUGGGGAACUUUAAACGCCAGAAUGCUAUCUUCAAUCGGUUACAUUCGUCUGAGAAGUGUGUCCAACAAGAAGAUAACGAUUGAAGGCAGCAUUCUCGCGUUUAAAGUACCCUAAACACCUCGUUAACUACCAUCAAAAGUUUUGUUUGCAAUUCAAUGUUUUCUUUGGAAGUUUUUCUCUUGAUUAAGUAAAGCUUUUGUUUACUCAGUUUUCCAGAAAAUACAUGGAUUGAUGUAUUGUGUCAGAUCCAUAGAUUUUUCCAAGUACAAGCUCGACUUGAAACAAGAAAUACGAAACGUAGCAUGACUAACAGUGACAAACUAAGGAAUGCUAGAAGGUUGUUGUUGAAGACGUUUACGUUUGAACUCCUGAAUCCACACCGUGGGUUAUAAAAUUGUGAUAAACAAGUUGAAAUAAUUACUUAAAUUUCUUAGGUAAGCCUCCAUCUCUUCUUUUCCCGAGCGGAGGUGACAUCAGGCAUCUGGGAUUGGACAGUAAUGUCACUGGACCGUACAACACCAUGGCUUACGAUCAGGGUUCUUUAGGAGCACUGACCGUGUGGUGGGAGGAAAACCUGGUCUACUGGACUGACUUAAGGGAGGGUACCAUUAAAAGAGCGAAAAUGCCAGGUAAGAUGAGGAGUGGGAACUGCGUGACAGCUUAACCGGGGUCGAUUGCAAUCGAUAUUUCUGAGUUAUACACCCACAUUUUUUUUCCUGGACAUCCCUCGUCUUUGCCUGUUCUUAUCCCGGGGAGGGAGGAGGGGGGAGAAGGUUACUUGGGUCAAUUUUUGCUGGUUAUGUGCCGCUGGGCUGUCCUUAUGCCAUUAUUGUCUAUUCUGUGGCCAAUUAUAGACCCCAUCUUAGUCACUGUUGGGCAAAUAUUUGAUUUUCGCGAUCCCAACUUAGUCACUUUCUACUUAUGUAUCCUUUAUGUAGGUCAUCCAAAAAUGAAUUGACCCAUUUUUUAGAUUGAAUGAAGAACACUUUACUUUACACUACAAACAUUCUGGUAUGUUUGCUAACCGUAAAUAUGAAGAACUGUCUUACCCCAAAAAUCAGAAGAUACGCGACCCCAUUCUAAUAACUCUAUUGAAAAUGCGACCCCAUUAUAGUCACUCCAGUCGUAAAAAUGCAACCCCAUCCAGCGGCACAUCCCCAUUAGCCUCUUAUGAGGAAGUACCCUCCGGGGGUUCUUAUGCCGGGAAAAAAGAGGAAAGUUUCCUUUUUUCCCGCGGAUGUGCUUUAAACAGGUCAAAUUUGAACGCGGUUAUACAGUGCAGCAGAGAUGUCUUAAGUGCUUUUUCUCUCUUGAUAUUGUAUUAACUGUUACCUCUUUCUUGCUAGUUGUGUGCCUCUUUCCUCGCGAGCGUCGAUUUUCACGCGCACUCGUUAUUUCACUUGGUUUUCUAUCCCUGUGGAAAAUAAGGGGCUACUCGAAGUCGAUCUUCUCCGAGAUGACCCUAAAUUCUGGCUUACAAAAUGUAAUAUCUUUUGUUUGUCGUGGUAUUUGGUUUCCUAUUUCGUAGUUACUAAAGACGAGGAACCAGCCAAAACGACCCACAACGACCCAAAAUUAUUUAAAAAUUAUUCCAUGAGCGCGCGUUGGAUAUGAGGUGGAUAUGAGGCGCUACGCGCCUCGUUGGUUAUAACUAUCUCAUAUACAACAAGCGCGAAUGGAAUAAUUGUUGUAUUAAAUUUUUUUAAACCUCAAACGUCUGGUUAUUACAACUGAAUUUUAGUAAAUUUCAUUUUAAAUCUUACAAAACGACCGCAUAUUAAUGUAACUUCCGGUAAACCAAGGGAAAAUCACAUGACAUGUGCGCCGUUUGCAAACACAAAGGAGAAAAACACUGAUUUCCGGUUGACGUGCGUCGCUCAAAAACGUCGCGGCUUAAACUCCAUAAUGAAAAAUCGGAAAGGGAAGGCCGUUGUGCUUAAAUUAUUUCCCUUGCCGCGACUCUGGAAUUUGACGCCGGAUAGGUCAACCAGAUUGUUCUUCAAUUUCGUUUUCUCCGUCCACUGAAUCGUCCAUGCAGCUGCAGAAAGACUCAGCUUUAUUAAUCAAUUUGUUGUUGAUGUAACAACAACAAUGGAAAGCCGCUCGCUGUAGGAUUCACUCGAGGCCAGUUAUGGUCCGUUAUGGACUUGCUAAAGUGUUAAGAGGUGUAAAAGCUCUUUAAACACGCAAAAAAUCUGCUAAUGGUUUUGAAAACCUUUACUCCUGCAAGGACUUGCAAGCCACUUUUUUUUCUGAAAAUUUUUAAGGAAAACUUUGUUGUUGUUGUUGAUGUUACGUAAUCAGCUAGACGUACGGAAUAAUGAAGCUUAUAAUUUAUUUAAAUUUAUAAGGAAACUGAGAGUACCAUUGGAUAAUUUCAAACCAAAGUUUGUGGCUUUUUUGAAGCUGCGGGUAUGGCAUUUUCUGUUUUUUUUUGUCUGUUGUUUCGUCGGUAGAAAGCUCGCGAAAUCUACUUUUUUCCGCCGCUUUGUCCGAGAGAAAUUUUGUAGUUUUCCAUAUAAGGUCAAACUAAGGUAUAUGAGCUGAUAACCGAGAUUGAGUGAACCAAUCAGAAUGCUAUAAAUGCAUUAUCCGAGGUUGAAAAUGUAAUAAAUUAUAUUGUUAUAACAAAAGCAAAAGCUAAUCUACAUGAUCUUUUUAUGAAAAAUAAAAGGAAAUUUAAAGAAAGGGUUUUUUUCACGACUGUCUCCUCGCUCCCAUGAGCUUCACGCGUACUGCGUGACGGCAGCGAGGCCAAGGCCUUGUUCGCACAAAAAACUUUAUCGAAGUAUUCACCACUCCUUCACGUACUUGGCACGAAUGCCCUACUGCAUGUCCUACAGUGCUCGACAUGAAUGAACUACCAUCAGUAACUUUCCUUGACAUCUUUUAUUUAACCUUGUCUUGUUUACUUUGUAGAUAGAGCAAAAUACAACAAUCGAGUACCCCGGUCUAUCAAACAGGAAAUCCAAGAUUUACAAGUGGCAGUGGGACGAGCACAGGGUCUGGCUGUUGAUUGGUUGAGUGGCAACAUCUAUUGGACAGAUGUUAAGAAGCGAGUCAUUGAAGUGGCGAAUAAAGACGGUCACUAUAGAUACACACUGAUGUCUGGACUUGUUAACAUGCCUCAUGCUUUGGUCCUUGAUCCUCCCAAUAGGUAGUAAUAACAAUCAAAGUGAUAACGGUACUAAAAAUUAUUAAGAAUUCCUCUUACUUGUUUGUCGAAACCCGUUAUUAUAAGAUCGAGAUCCAUGCCCAAAGAACGAGAGAUUUUGACGUCGCGGCGAAUGGCAUCGCCCUUAGGGUGACCAUUUUGUCGUGUAGUUCGGCGAUAUUCUACACCCACCUAGAUCAUCGUGAAGUGGGCGAAUUUCGAUAAGAGUUGAGAAAGUCUUAAUUCCAGGAAAGUCAGUGUCAAGUCUGGGCAUUUCUCAUUUAGGUUUUUGUAACGAUUACACAUAUAGACGCUUUCGCUGACUUCGUUCUGUGGUUGAUCGAUUUUGAUACUCAGAAUCUUAUGAAAAAUCUAGUUUAGGAAAAAAGUCGGAGAGAAUGGUCCGGAAACUUUUUUUUCCAAUCCAAAUUCAUUGUUUCUUAUGAGAAUAUAGGGAGUAAGAGUUAUUUUUAGAACAGUAAGUUGCUUAUGCUACUUGAUUUUUUCAAUAUAUUAUUUUAUAACUACUACUACAUUUUUAGGCGAAUGUAUUGGUCGGGACUAGGUUACCGGCCAGCCAUACAUACAGCGCUAAUGGACGGUACAAACGGAAAAGUUCUAGUAAAGGAAAAACUAAAAUGGCCGCUUGGACUGGCGCUUGAUGCCCCUGCACGAAGGCUUUACUGGUGUGACUACAAACUAGGGAUUGUGGAUUCUGUUGGCCCUGACGGACGUGACAGACAGCUCAUUAUAAAGCUUGAAAGGGGUAUUGCACCCACAGCUGUUGCGUUACACGAAAAUUAUUUGUACAUCACUGCGCAAUCUGGGAUGCUUUACCGGUUAAACAAGUUUGGCCAAGGUCCGCUGACAGUUUUAGUACAGGGACUAAGGCGUCCGGUUGCACUUGUAGUGUAUCAGCAACAACAGCAGCAAGUUUCUAAAGGUAAAGAGGAACCUUGUGAUUAAUUUGAUCAAUGAAUUAGUUACCUUCAACAAACCGAUAUGAUUCAAGUUCGUAUUUACUCUGAGGAGUUAUUUCCACAGAUGCAGUGAAUUACUGUGGUUUGGGCAAGAACAAGUGCUCUCAUUUGUGCCUACUUGGACUUAACAAGCCUGUUUGUAAAUGUCCCACAGGCGACCCAGGAAAAUCUGGUGCAAACUGCCGGUCACGUACGUAUCUUUUGUACCACCACCUUAUGCUCCAUAACAGGUCACGUGUUACGUUUGCCGAUAUGGCCAAAUAUGCAUGAUAAGCAAUCGUCUAUGGUGCGUUGCUUGUUCCCUUAAAGAAAUGUUUUUGAUUGCUAAGACUUCGCAACCUUCCUUGCCUGCUAAAUUUGUUGUUCUUGCUAUGUUGUUUUUUGGUUAACAGGUCUUUGAUGUUUCGUAUGGAAUCUUUCUUUCUUUUGCAAUAUUUCCUAAAUUUGAUCCCGUUGUAGAGAGUCUUCCUUGUAUCUGUCACUAUGCUUCCCUUGUUAGAUAAAUCCCUAAUCCCUUCCAAUUGCGACUUUUGUUACUUCACAGUAUUUUGACGUUGUGAAUCUUGUUACUUUUGCUGAACUUUAAUUUCUCUGCUUUUUUAUCAUCUGUAUUAUUUUCCGCACUUUAAUGAAAGAUUCUUCCUAAAAGAUGUUUGUUUUGGUUAGUGUUUGCUUAAAAUUGCCAUCAAAUUUUUCUGGCAAAUAUUUGCCGUCAGCUUUCACUCUUGGACACACCCUCUCACCCCGCGUAUUUUUCUUAGACCGCAACAAUAACAGAAGGCUUUAGAGGUCCUGAAGAAGAAGAUUGAGACUAAAGAGGGCCGUUAUUUUGAACACAGGGGCACAGGAAUAAGUAGAGCAUUAAAAAAUGAAGUAAUUAUCAUAGUCAAAAAAAGUCUUGGCUCCAUUCCCCACGUGGAGGGGCAAAAUUCCGAAUGUCGAAUGUUAUGUACAGUUGACGCACGAAGCUUUUGUGCCCAGCUUUUGCAGCUGUAUUCUAACGUUUGUUUUCCUUAUCCUCACUGUAGCCACCAAGUCUCCUCGGCCACUUCCGGUUUGUUGGAUUGGACUGUGCGGAAAAGGAACCUGUGUUAAUGUCAACAAUAAGGCCACUUGUCUGUGAGUAUUUUACUAUCAAUAGCUCAUUUUCAUAUUGCUUUCAGCCGUUUUUCAGGAGGCUUUCAGGAGGCCUAUUGCACAGCUAUUCGUAUGAAAAUGAGUUACAGACGUACGUGGUCCACAUCUGAUAAGUAGACACUGAAAAGCUUUAACGCAGUCACUCUCGCUCAACGAAGGCGCCUAUAACAAUGGCGGGCCUAUACUAGGCACACAGCUAUCAUAAUAUAGGGAUAUUUUGAAGCUCUUUCACCUUUUGUAGCAAGUUGGCGAUUAAGCGAGGGAAAAUGGUCUUUAAUUACUGCAAACCUGCGAUUUUAAGUUUGCUGUGUCUAAACGCUACGUAAGGACGAAGAUCUCUCCAUCGACUCGGCCUUUAAAUUACGAAACUGACGAGGAAAAGACAAAUGUUAUGAAGACCGGAGCCUUACAUAGGCAAGGCAAGUAUGCUAAGGGAAAAAAGCUUAAAAUAAUUUCAAAUCAGUAGAAUUCUAACGCCAGACUGAAAAAAGGUUACGUGUACAAGCUGCGCCUUGUGAUCGGUAAACUAUUGGUCGAUCUCUUUUAGAACUGAGGAGCAAUAAGUUCUUACGGUGCCCUGGUUGUCAAUGCUGAUUUUUUGUGCUUUUAUCACAUGUAUUUCCAGAUGUCCCAGGGGUUUAAUAGGAAAACGUUGCGAGACUACUUUGCCAACAGCUAUUGUGCCUUCACAGAAACCAGCAUGCUUCCUGAAAUGUCUGAACGGUGGAACUUGCGUGAUAGAAGAUUAUAAACCAAAGUGCAAGUAAGCGACAGUGCUAUUUCAAUUCCUUUUUAGAUAAGUUAGCCCUACCCCACUCGCUUUUAAGUCAUGAUUUUGCUGGCAAUUUGUUCGGUUGUUUUGCCAUUUCAGCGCAGGUAUCAUGAAGUUGGUUUUACUGUAUUUUGCAGGUGCAGUAUGUCUAACGUGCAUCACAGUGUGACUGCACACCCGACACCACAUGAGAAAAAAAAACCUGUCUCAACUAAUUACAGGGAGCGAACAAGUGAAUUGCAUGCAAGAAAAGUCGUUUCAGCCAAUUAGAAUUAGCUUUGAACUUUACAAAACUCAAAUUCUGAAUAGGGUCAGACAGGCAAAAACGUGGAAUCCAAAUUUUCGAUGGCUAACAGUCCAUCUUGAUUAUUGAUUGGUCUCGACCUGAGGAUCGAGGUCAAUAUCACGGUAUGUCGUUGGCCUCUGGGGACGAGGCCAAAAUCAGAAUAAGGCUACAACUCAGUCGUCAUUGCCUCUCUCUGGGCCUACUUCCCGUUUAGGGAGAGGCAGUUAGGUCGCAGAUAUCGAGCUUCAACAAAUCAAAAACGGCUUUCUUGCAAGUGCAAUCUAUACAUUGUCUGCUGUCUUUGAUUACCGUGUACAAACUUUGGAAACAUUAUGUCUUACUUAACUAAAUAAGUAAGAUAAUCGUGAUAGAUGGUGAAUUUGAAGAACGUUCUACUUAAGCGUGGAUAGUUGCCACUUGUUUCGGUUAUAACUACGCCAUGCAUGGAUACGAUUUGUUGCAAAAUACCAGCAAUCACGAGCAAAAUCACUACGCAUUGUCCAAUUUGUGUUAAAGGUCAAAUGAACCAAAAAAUUGACAUAUUUUCUCUUGUCGCUUUACCUUCACCAAACACUAAAAAGAACCAUCCUAAGUGAGAUUUGGGUAAAGAUUUUUCUUCUCAAGCCUUUAUAGAAAGAUAAAAGGUCAAAAUCCGAGCAUUUCCGAAAACUUCACGAAAACGUUUCUGAAAUGGCCGCGUGAUAGACUGGAGACUACGUGACGUCAAUGUUGGUCUUUCAGGGCGGAAAAACGUUCUGCGCAAGCUUCUGCGCUUCUCUUAUCGCCUGCGUUUGUUUGUCUAGUUCUGUGAGAGUUGUGACUGAGACUGAAUGAAAUACACGAGGGGCGAACGUUUGCUCCUUGUAAUGGCUUUUUUUGUUGUUGUUUUUUCGUCACUUGAAAAUUACUUUGGAUUCAGAACGGCCAAUGUUAGAGUAAAAACAGAUCAUCCGUCAGUCUGAGGAGGAAUAAAACGUUUUAAACAUUUCCAAAGAGGUUUGUAUUUUUCUCAUGAUUAUGCAUUCGAUUUGUGAAUUGAUUUUUUGUCCAGUGCUUCGCCUUCUUUCGCCGGACUGAAUUAAAACGCGCUUGUAUUCUCUUAUUAGUAGUUACGGUUACUUUUUUUAAAUGCCCAGAUUUAUUUACCUUUGUAGAACCAGCUUUAUCCUUGUCUCAUGUCAAAGAACCGUAAUGCUAACGCUUGCGAGUGAACAAACUCGAGCGCUUAAAACUUCCUCGGAACUUUAGAAGGCCAGCAAGCUUACUCGAGAAGAAAACACUACUUCGAUCAUUUUUCUGUUGCUCAAGUAAUAGUAGUCAGAGUUUUUUUCCUUUAGUUUUUUCAGUUUUAAUUACAUAGUUUUGUUAUCUUUCUGUACGCAAAUUUUCCUUUCUCUCGCGCGCUGUGAAGUAGCGGAGAACGACAACUGCCGGCAGUGACUCCAAAACAAUCGACUCUUUGCCCGUAAACAAUCGCUUUAGCUGGAUUUGACUGAAGCGAGCAAAACAAAUCCUUAUGUGCAGUUUUCUGUAUUUUCUAAUGAUUCAGUUUGCUGUGUUUAAUUUGCUUGAAUGAAGACCCUCGCAUGGACCAGUUAUUACUAAAAAAAAGUAGCUAAUUUAGCUAAGUAGUCGGAAUUAUGGCUUGGCUGCGACGCUUGCAACUGAUCUUUUUCUUUUAAGAUCUUUAGGUAGGUUGUUUCCGUACAGAAAAUUCACUUCUUCUUUGUCAUCAGGUGUAAGAGCCUUAAGCCGUGAGAAAACUAUGUUUGCUUUGAAACCGAUCUUGGGGAAGAUUUACUAGAUAAAGAUUAACUCUUUUUCUACCCACAUAUCAACGCCAAAACUUCUACAGUGAGGAUUUUGUUUACAUUUAGUGAUCUGCGAAGCUAGAAGUGUCCGAUCGAGCGUGGUUUUUAAAAUAUCAGCUCGAGUGCGACAAAAUUCAGUGACUUCAAACACAUUGUGGGCAAACUUGAAUUUCUUUGGGCAGAUUAUUAUACAAAGAUAUUUUGUUUUUGUGUCCACGGUGGAGCUCCGGACAUUAUAUAUCCAGGAACUUCCUUAUAUCAACACAUUUUGUGACUGCAUCUUGAAAAAAAUCGUACUUACGCACGCACAUUUCCAGUACAACUCAAGGAAAUUAGUAAAUGUCGUUAAGUCCGUUUUACUAUGAUGUAUUCUUCGAGAAAAUUAAAUAAUAAGAAGGUUAUAACCACAGCUUGCAACUUUUGAAGACAAAUUGCCUGUUCUUUCCAGGUUUAUGGCCGCACAAACCACUUCCUCGCCAAGUCGACUCGAAAAACUCUGUUUUGAAUUUCCCGCCUUUUUUCACCUGACCAACAUUGACGUCACAAGCUGUUUUUUCCGACAAUUUUUCCGAUCCCUCUACGAAGAUAAGGGCCAAAAAACAGCAAUUUUUAAUUGCGAAUAACUCGGAGAUACUUGCUUCAAUUGAGUUGAAACUUCAUAGUAUGUUUAUUUGGUUCAUUUUAACACAUUUCACUAGAAUUGAACUGAAAUAAAAAAUGUGGAAUUUUUGGUUCAUUUGACCUUUAAUACCUCAAGGCAGGUUUUUUAGUGCUAUAUCGUCUCUCUUCCCGAUUCUUCUGGUUCCUGAAUUUGGGCUCAUCCUCGGUGAAAAAACCUGUGAAACUCACGAGUGACGUAAAACAAUGAAUGCAAAGAAGCCACUGAGGAGUCAACACAAUAUGGCCAAGGAAAAUAAUUACCAGAAAAAAAAGAAAAACUUCUCAGGUUUUUACACCGAGGAAAACCCGGAAUUUGGAUUUGGAUUUGCGUUUCGAGUCUUUCCAUGUUUGGCUCAAACGACUUUGGCUGGAAUUUAUUGUUUGCUUUCUGUAAUCUGAUUCGUUAAGUUUUUUAAUUGGAUUUUGGCGGAACAGUAUUUCGCGGGUUUUAUUUUCGCAAGUAAAGAGGCAACUAUGAAAAAGGGCAUUAAUUUUCGGGAUUCAAGCGACUUUAUUUUCUCUUAAGAAAUGACUCUUGAACUUGCUAAAAUUUCUUGAUAAAUUAGAACAAGCAAAACGCAUAUUUAUAAAUUAACUUUUAAGUGUUAUAAGACCUCUUUUAAACUUUAUUUCACAAGCGAAGAUACAAACUGGAACUUGACUACUAAAGCCAGUUCAAAAUUUGUGUAUUUAUCGAUACAUAUCCUGUGUUCCUGGGUCAUGUUUUUAUUAUUAAAUGUAUUUUCUAUACGGGUAUAAAAUUGCGCGAGCAUUUAAAUUCGAGCUUCGGAAAACGCGAAAUUAAAGGUACACCAGUAAGGUAGUUUUACUGAAAGACACUGCGUUACUUCCUUUUUUAGGUGCUUACCCCGAACCAUGGGUGAAUUGUGUGACAUUACGUGCGCCUUGUUCAGCUGUAGUCACGGUGGAACGUGUAUCAUUCAAGACGGACAGUUUGCUUGCCAGUAAGGAACAGCUAAGUGUUUUAGCCACUUUCACCUUUCUACCCUGCUUGAUUCAAACCAGAAACCCAUAUCAGUUUCUGUUCAAACUGAAUCGCGUACUAGCGAUUUUAAAUUUUCCUAUGGAUAAUGACAUUACAACUUUGCUGACCAAAAAAAAAGGGCCAGCGCUUAGUAAUUUUUCAGUUUAAUAUAGUUAUGUAUUCCUAGUUAUGGUCUAUUUUGAGGUCGGUGCUGUUGGGACUGUUGUUGUUGUUGUUGUUGUUGCCGUGGCUUCUUGAUGUUGCACAGAAACUGGGUCCUGUUUCGACUGAAAACAGCCUUAGUCCAAUUUAACUCCAAACCAACCCAUCCCAGUGUCACGGGAAGCUAAAAAUGUCCAGUACUAAAAGGUUCGGCUUUUACCAUCCUGGAUGGUCGGAAUACACGAUCAAUUGUUCUUAACAGUUUAUGAGCUGGUGUUAUUUGGAUCCUACCCCAGCUUUGAAAUUUAAGUAACUAUGGGUUCUGUGUGGGCUACAUUGCGAUUGGUGUAAAAACAGUAUCGUGAAAACACGCUAAAAUGUUAUUUCUAUGAUGUUUUAAAUACUUCUCUGAUUGUUUAUGGCACCGAUUACACCCAAUUAUUGUUUAACGCAAGAAAUAUUAAGUAAUGAUUUUACUGAGAAAAAAAACUAUGUUGUUGAUAAUAAGAAGUACCGUUAUUUAGAAUAUAGCUGUCUCAAGAGUCAAAGGUGGUUGUGUUUGCCGCAGGGUACAGGUAUUGGGUCAGGUAAACGGCAACGUCGUUCCCAGGGUCCUAUCCUGCUUGUUCCCUGAGCGGAAGGACGAGUAGGAGAAGACCCUGGGAACGAGGCUGGGUAAAGAGCUUACCCUUCAAGACAUGCUCAGUGCAGAAUGAAAGGUUUCAACUCCCUUAUAGUUUUUUUGUCUUUUUUAUAGGUGUCGAAGGGGAUUCCGAUAUGUUGGGAACAAAACUUGCAUAUUAGAUAAAUGCUAUGAGGAAAAUCGAAAUGGCAAAUUAUGUGGUAAUUUGGAAUGUGUUGUCACGAACGACACUAACGAAGCGAUGUGCAGGUGAGCACAUAAUAUUGAUGGCUUAUUUUCAAGGACUUAAAACAACAUCUAGAUAAAUGAGCAAGAGUGAAGUUAAUUUGGUUGGUGCCUAAUGUGACACACUCCUCCCUUCCCCCAAAACAUUAAACUCAUAGCUGAUACUAGCUCAGUCUGGUACGAUGAGUAAGAGACACUAAAAAGUAGUGUUCAAUAAAUACCAACUGACUAAUCUGAAAGCUAUACUACAACUUCCUUUUCUUUGACGUUUAGACUUAAGCUAUUCUGCUGCAUAGUAUUUGACCUGUAACCUGCUGCCCUCACAAACGUUAAUUUUUCCCCUAAAGAAAGUGUAAUUCACACAGUUUCUCAAUUGACGGAAUUCGGCCUUACUUUACCCCUGAAAAAAACUUCAUUCUGAUAUUAAAUUCUAAUUAUUUUCCACGGUUUAACAAAGUUGAGUUACGCCUGUGAUGAGGUUGGUGAAUAGAGCUUGCUUGUUAGCGAACAAAAGUUUGAAUCAGAAUGUGUUUUGAUGACAUUACAGGUGUCCUGAUGGAUCUCUGGCUAAAUUCUGCAAAGAACCGGAAGUUUUGGGACGAAAGGGAACUAAAGGUAAUCCCUGAGCUUCCUCUCCCCACCUCCACUCUACUGAAAAUUGUCACGUAAUAAUUAUCAAACAUGAGACACAAUGUGCAUCACAAGAUCAUACACUAAGAAGAAAGUGGAAACUACAACGCACAGCCGAGUAUUGUAAGACGAACUUCGAGGAGUUUGAUAUUGUGAUGUUUGAUAUUACUUCUAAAAGUAAGCUGUUUUAUAAGGAGAAAUCAAGGAUGCAAAAAAGAAGAGCUUUUCAUCUAAUUUCCAAACACUGGUGUAACAUUCAUUUCCUUUGUAUUUUCUUUAUGAAUAAGAAACGCAGGGAAGAGGCUUGAUCUAGCAUCGUGGCCAUUUUUUGGUGUUAAUAUAAGAAUUGUACUUUUCUAUAAAUCUGAGCUCCGACCAUUAACAGUAGUUAUAUAUUCGAAUGAUGAUGGCAGAAUACUCGUCUCAUGUUUGUUCUUUAACGAAACCGCUCACAGAAUCGUGCAUAGCCUGAAACGGGAGAUACAUUCGAACGCUCGACUGGAUAUCCCGCGUAGCAGACAACAUAAAAGUAACGACACUCAUCUAUCACCUCCAAUAUAGCCUGUUCCAGGCUCCGAGAUAGCUGAAUUGAGAAAGCGCGAACCUUUUCUUUUCUCCUUUUUCCCGCCCCGACAACUUUUAGGGUGCCUUUUACUUUCGCGUCUUCCCCACUAUCAGAGAGCCUGGAACAGGCUACCUCUAAUAGAGCCGGAAUUAAUCAUUUUCUCACAAGGAUAAUUUUUUUAUCUCCUAAAAGUGACGCCGCAGAUCAUUGUACCUGUGGUGAUGGUCUUGCUAUUAUUGAUCGCCAUUGCUAUCUUGGUUUACUGUCGCCGUCGUGGCCCGUAAGUUCUAUUAUUUUAUUGGCAUUUUACCUGUGAAUUAUUAAAGUUACCACUUUGCAGUUCUUACAUUUUAUCUGAUUACGUGCAUUCGUGUCAUGUAACAUUGGUAUUUUGAUAUUUUUCCUCCCAACAGUUGAUACUAUUGUUUUAUGGCUUGUGAAAAAAUCGUAUUUUAGUUUACUUUUAACAGGCAACCUUGCCAAAUGGCUGUGACCAUUUUGCAGGUCAUGAGGAACCGCUUUUAAGCUUACUUGAUACAUAUUUUCCACCUACUUCCUGUGUAUGUCGUGUAUACGUUUGCUUAUCUUUAAGCUAUUUAACUUCAAUUUAAAUGUUUUCUCUUUUAUCGUACUUAGCAUGAAAAAGGCACAGUACAGCGGUAUGACGACUGUACAGGUAGGAAACCCAUCAUUUCUGUAUGAAGAGAUGCUUGAAGAUUAUGAAGACAGCAGCAUAAAUCCUGACUUCAACUGGGAACAAGACGAAAAGGUACACAGAAAUAUUAGUGCAUCUAACGUCGUUCUCAGAGGCCGCGGUACCGUUGUUUAACGGAAGGACAACAACCGUCCACUAGACAAGGGUAACGCAUUCUUUGGGAACGAGAUUGUGUUACACCUUUCUCUUAUUACCAAGAUUCACGUAAAAUAAAACAAUAUUCAUCAUGGGUCGACCCAUAAUGGAACGUCCAUCUUUUCGUGUACUUAAUUGAAGGAACUAGGUUCGGUACACGAAAAGUUCGAAGUUUGAACUGGCCUUCUUUUUCUUUCCAGGCUACCACGUUCUCCAAUCCGGUGUAUGAAUCAGUUUAUCGAUCAGAUGCCAGCAUGGGCUCAGAGGUGUUACGAGAAAGAGAGCCUCCAAGGGUCGAGUUCCGUAGGAGCAAAGCGGACUUUUCAAACCCCGUUUAUGAAGCGUUACUUUUGCAAAAUGGAUCCCAGAAGUCUGGAUCAGUGCUGUGGAGAAGCAAUGAGAGCAUAAAUGGGGACACUCCCGGUAAUCAGGACACUGACUGUUAACAGCAAAGACACAAUUUAGGUAAACGGAGGCCAAUGUUUGCCAAUCAAGAACAACGCUCCUGAAGGGUGAAGGUUCUGGACUCUCAGGAGCUUGCGAAGUAGGCGUAUGGAAAACGUGCGUCAUGAGUAAUAGCUGCGUGCGAGACGGGGAUUGAGGACAAAUGCUCCCUCUCUCUCCUUACCCAAGUCCUUCUCGCCACUCCACUAACCAUGGAAAGAAAAUUAGUUAUAAGAUUUCGGCGCCUCCAUUUCAGGGAUCGUUUGGGUGCGCAGUCGUUGGUUAUGGUUGGCUGAUAGUCUCCAAAGGCAACAGUUGAUCAAUCAUUGCUUUUAUUGUCCUCCCAAAUGAUCUCCGAAGUUUUUGACAUCUUUGUGGUGAAAGCUUAUAUUCCCCCUGUAGUUUAUGGAGCAGCGACCUUCCCUUUCGCAAACGGUCGGUGGAAUCGUUUGUAACACAGCCUUGCAGCUCUGGCUGUAGAUUAUGUCAUAAUAAAGCAAAACCAAACUUUCGAAUAGUCUUCAGAAACUCCUAAACUACGUUAAAAUUCGGGAACGAGCUGGAGUCACCCUUUAUUUAUUAGAUAUGAAAAACAAAGUUCUAAGUACAAGUGUGGUGCUAAAGGGAGAGAAAUUAGCAUGCAAAAAAGACCCGGAUCCGAUUCUGGUCGAUUCUGUGGUCUGUUCUUUCUUUUGAUACAGACUAACACCUCAGUUGAAACUGUGUGUUUUUAUGGCGUCUACCGUUCACAAUUUGAAUGUUCUGUUUCCCCGCGCGCAUUGCUCUUAAUCGCGUUUCUUAUUUUCCCAACUCAGGAUAUUUAUGUACUUGAAAGGGAAAUACUGCAAGUUCGAAAGAGACGGUUACUGGCGUAAAUCUGGUUCUGGCCUUUUUUCGUAAACGAUACCAUCGUUUAUGUGUUACAUGUUCUCCAAAGUGACAUUUACAUUUAGCCUUUUUGAAAUGUUUCCCGUUUUCGAUGUAAAGGGAGAUGUUUCACGUUCAUGAAAAACCCAAGGACGAACUGUAGCAGUUGUCUACAAUAGCUAUCGUGUUAUCGUCUUUGCUGUUUGCCGUAAGCGUAAAGCUUAAUCCCUCUCGCAAGUGACAUACCCAUAUUUCCGUUAUCAUUGAUAAAUAAUUGUUGGUUAUAGCAUACAGCGGUGCUCAAGUACUUUACCACAGCAACAGGUAGACCCACUGUGAAAUGGUUGUCCGUAUUUUACGCUGGAUUCCAUCGAAGAAGAGAGUGUUUGCUUACUCCAGCCGUUUCCGCGAGAUUUUUCUGUGCUUUAGCUUUUCACAGAAAUUGUUAUAACUUGCAGUACAGAUCUUUUCAAGUUCAACCCCGCCGUUUUGAAAGUGGAGUGUUGGAAAAUCCGAAAGGUAAAUUUGCCCCGUGAGAUUUGUCUGAAAGAAUUUUGAAUGGUUAACUUAAAUCUCCGCCCCCUUUUUUUCUGAAGAGGUUUUCUACCGUUUCCGGACUCUGGCUUCAAGUAUCUCGCACAAACCGGCUUUUACAAAUAGAAAAAUGUUUGACUAAGUAGCUUGAAAUUUUUAUCUAUCAAAAUUUUGCACAUAUCAAGUGACAUGAAAGUUAGAUGACAUCGUAUUUCGUUUAAUCAUUUUAUGUCUUGAAAAGCUUGUAUUUGCCUCAUGUUCAAAAUGACGGGCUGGAUUACGAAAAGGUCUAUUGGCAGUUUAAACUGCACACACAAGGUAAAUAUUGUACAACGAGGUAACUCUUUAUAAUGAGAAUUGAAUAAGUUUCUAAUUCAGUUAUUUAUUGACUAAAAAUAAAGAGGCGAUGCGUCUUACCCAAAACAUAUAUAUUUUAAGAUAAAUGUGUAUUGGUUAUAUUUAAAGGGACCGGGAGUUUGAAUUUAGGAAGUUUUUAGC